UCAACGAAAGGACAAGUGCCCACUGUCUCUCUCUCUCCGUGUUCGUUUGGAAGCAUUUGAUGGACGGGAGACGUGGAGGACCUUCCUCGCCCAAGAUGGCCAGAGGAAAUUCCAAGGUUGACAGCUCAAAUGCCGCAGGGAACCGUGACAAAUCAGAGACCGCAUGGAUUGAAGGCAUUCAGAGGAAAUGCCGACAAUGCGCCCGUCGAAUGAUGCCACCUUGGGAGAAUCAGGAGCGGACAAGGGAAGAAUCGACCGCCAAUCCCAGCAUCUUCAGGGUCCCCACAAGCUUCCGGGAACACAGCCCCGAGCAUUUCCAGCCGAAGGUGGUCGCCAUCGGCCCCUACCACAGAGGCAAUUCCGUGCUGCUGAUUAAGGAUGACGUCAAGAUGUGGUGCGUGAAUUACUUCAUCUCCCAGCAUUCACUCGACCUCCAAAAAUGGCUCCUUGACAUGACGUCGAGGGAGCAAGAGGCUCGCAGCUACUACUCAGAAGACAUGUCCAUGGACAGCCGAAGCUUUUUAGAGAUGUUGCUGCUCGAUGGCUGCUUCAUUUUUAUGGCUUUCAAAGCCAUGGAUUCCCUUACGUUCGACCCGGAAUGGCCAUCAGACCAAAUCAUGCUUGACUUGCUGAUGCUCGAGAACCAGAUCCCUUUCUUCGUCUUAGUCCAACUAUGCAAUGGGAUCGGCGGGAAACAAGAAUUCAGGAAUUUUGCCGGGACAUUCGCGGAGCCUUACACUGGCACUUUCAUUCAUUAUGCCCUCCGAUCCCUUGAUCAGACCGGUAUGAUCUCGGAUUUGGAUCCCCCGAUCCUCCCUGAGCAAGUCCUCCAUUUGUUGCACCUAUUUCUCUUGUCCUUGCAUCCUGCUAGGUUCGAACCUUCUAGGUUCGAGCCUAUAAACGUAGCCAAACAGAACAUAAUAAACUACGUUUUCCGCACUCCAACUAUUGUCCCUAGCGCGACAGAGCUCCAGGAUCGGUCUGCAGUGAAGUUCAAGAAACAAUCAGGCAGCAUCUUGGAGAUAAGUUUCCGCAACGGGGUGAUGAAGAUCCCGUUCCUGGAAAUUAAUGAUGGCAGCCAAGCGAUUCUCCAUAAUCUCAUCACCUUUGAGCAGUGUUAUCACCCCCUCAUCGAACGUCAUGUCACAACCUAUGCAGCAUUCAUGAACUGCCUCAUAAACAAAGAACGUGACGUGGGUCUGCUUGAAAGGCGAGGGAUCUUGUUGAACAGGCUACCCACCAGCAAGGAUGCGGCCUCUUUCUUCAGCAAGUUGUGUCCGAGGGCCAAAGUUAGCCCCAUAUAUUUAAAAAGUCUAAUUGAUGACGUGAAUAGAUAUCAUAAGAAACGACAUAGGUGGUAUGCUGAUCUAAAGCUCAAUUAUUUCUCCAAUCCAUGGAUGACCAUCUGGGUGGUGGCCAUUGCUGUCCUCCUCAUUCUUAGCUUGAUGCAAACUUAUUAUUCUGCCCUUAGCUAUUAUCAUCGGUAAUGGCUUCAGUCUCUUGCCAUAAUAAAGAGAAGCCACCAUUGAGAGUUGAUUGUCUCUUUGAUUAUUGGAUGCUUCAUGUUUC